AAUGAGGAGCAAGGAAUGAAGUUUGCUCUUGGUGUUUGCUUUUGUGGUGGAUUUUGAAGCUAUCCUAAUCCUUUAGUUUAGUUGAGGCUCAUGCCCAUGCCUUUAAGUAAUUAAAUGCUAAGUAUGUUAUGAUUUAGCUUUUAUUUCUGUCCAGUUUCUUAGAUUUGCAGCCCACCCAGAUUUAUUUCAUUCCUAUAAAUAAAUGCAACCUGUUGUGUAAUUAGUUAUAAUACUCGUGUGGGGUGAACUCACAGGCUCUCAGCAGGCGGCGGUUGGUCGGUGAAGAAGUGAAAUAUGUCUUUGGCAUGAGUAAAGUUGGAUCCUGUGGAUUAAACAGCAGCCACAGUAGCUGCUCAGGGAUGUGUCUGACUCUGCAGCCCCGCCCUCAAACACUGGACUCCGCUGCUCAGAGAAACUGCUGCUGCCUGUCAGGCUGACUGAGGACCGACUAACUUUACACAACAGUCCAGGAGCGAAGACACUGGAAGGAAGAAGAGUUUGAUUGAGAUGUGAGACUGGGCAUGACGGUGCGAGCCAAGCUGAGGGUGUAGCCACAUCUGGCAAAGACUGCUGGAGUAAGCAGGAGCCUCAGCACAUCAAAUCAUCUACUGCAGCGGGGGAAGAUGGGAGAGACAGAGGAGGAGAGCGACAAUGUGGGAAAGCUGUUUGAUAACUUCGUCCAGGCCUCGACCUGUAAGGGAACCCUUCAGGCCUUCAACGUCCUCUGUAGGAAGCUGGACCUGGACCCAGCGGACAAUGACACCUUCUACAGCAGUCUUAAGGCAAAGGUCACCUACUGGAAGGCCAAAGCGCUGUGGAGUAAGCUGGACAAGAGGAUGUCCCAUAAGGAAUACAAGAAAGGCCAAGCUUGUGUGGGCACCAAGUGCCUCAUCAUCGGAGGAGGUCCCUGCGGCCUGCGGACAGCCAUCGAGCUCGCUUUGAUGGGCGCCAAAGUGGUGGUGAUUGAGAAGAGAGAUUCCUUCUCUAGGAACAACGUGCUGCACCUUUGGCCCUACACCAUUCAUGACCUGCGAGGUCUCGGGGCCAAAAAGUUUUAUGGCAAAUUCUGCGCCGGGGCCAUAGACCACAUCAGCAUUCAGAAGCUGCAGCUGGUCCUGCUGAAGGUCGCCCUGAUCGUUGCGGUGGAGUUCCACAUCAAUGUGGAGUUUGUCAAACUGUUGGAACCUCCGGAGGAUCAGGAAAAUGAAGGGCUUGGGUGGAGGGCUGCAAUCCGACCGGCUGAUCACCCUGUGGCUAACUUUGAGUUUGAUGUCGUGGUGGGGGCUGACGGACGCAGGAACACUCUGGAAGGUUUCAAAAGAAAGGAGUUCAGGGGGAAGCUUGCAAUUGCCAUCACUGCCAACUUCAUCAACAGGAACACCACCGCGGAGGCCAAAGUGGAAGAAAUCAGCGGCGUGGCCUUUAUCUUCAACCAGAAGUUCUUCCUUGACCUCAAAGAGGAAACAGGUAUCGACCUGGAGAACAUUGUCUACUACAAGGACAACACACAUUACUUUGUCAUGACUGCCAAGAAACAGAGCCUGCUGGACAAGGGGGUCGUAAUAAAUGAUUACGUAGACACCCAGAUGUUACUGAGCAGUGAAAAUGUCAACCAGGAAGCUCUUCUGUGCUACGCCCGAGAAGCUGCUGACUUUGGCACCAACUACCAACUUCCCACGCUGGAUUUUGCCAUGAACCACAGCGGGCAGCCAGAUGUAGCAAUGUUCGACUUCACAAGCAUGUACGCCUCUGAGAACGCUGCACUGGUCAGGGAGAGAUUUGGACACCAGCUGCUGGUAGCGCUAGUUGGCGACAGUCUGCUAGAGCCCUUCUGGCCCAUGGGGACGGGCUGCGCCAGAGGCUUCCUGGCUGCCUUUGACACGGCCUGGAUGGUAAAAAGCUGGGCUCAGGGUCGCACGGCUCUGGAAGUGCUGGCGGAGAGGGAGAGUAUUUACAGGCUACUUCCACAAACCACAACUGAAAACAUUGCCAAGAACUUUGACCAGUACACCAUAGACCCUGGGACUCGAUACCCCAACCUCAAUUCCUCUUGUGUCCGGCCACACCAGGUGCGUCACCUGUACAUUAGCGCAGAGCUGAAUUCCUGCUCUCUGGAGCGUUCUGCUACCAUACGUCGGCCUGUCAAUCUCUGCAGACGAGAGUCAGAGAUCAGACCGGCGAGGCUUCUCACCUGGUGCCAGAAGCAGACGGAGGGCUACAGGAAUGUGAUGAUUACAGACUUGACGUCUUCCUGGAAAAGUGGCAUCGCUCUCUGCGCCCUCAUCCAUAAGUUCAGACCGCAGCUGAUAGAUUUUGACUCAUUAAACGAGGAAGACCACACUGCAAAUCUGCAGCUGGCUCUUGACAUCAGUGAGCGUGAAUUUGGGAUCAAAUCAUUCACAGCUGUGAAGGAGCUGAGCGCCGACCAGGAGCUGGAUAAGACCAGGAUGAACGCCUACCUGUCCAAGUUCUACGAGCUGUUCCGGGGCACACCUCUACCUGCCUCAGGCUCCAGAGGAGUGGAUGAAAACAAUGAAGAUUAUCCGUCUAAGGAAGUCAGGAGUAAUAAUAAUGUGCUCAAUCUUGCACUGCCUAGGAAACGGGUACCAAAGGAUGAGAAGAAGUCAGACGGUACAGAUCCCAUUCACAAAAGGAGGCGGAAAUUCUGCAGUUAUCUGGAGGAGGCCACCAAUCUGUCGAGUAAUGGCUCCGCUGUGCGAGAGGACCGAGAACCCAAAGAAAACAAAGUGCGCUCAAUGGCUACUCAGCUGCUGGCCAAGUUUGAAAGCACACCGAGCUACACCGUCCGGAGAACACAGUCAGACUAUGAGGAGUCCUCCCCGCUGAAAACUCUUGAACUGGCUGAGAGUGUGCACGUUAAACGCAGGCCUCCGGUGCCGCCUAAACCUCCUCCUGAGAAGCAGUUUGAAGUAAGUGUCAGAAAAGCAGCAACACAAUUAGUGCGCCCGCCUCCAAAGACUCUGCCUAAACCCCAGCCUCAGUCCCAGCAUCCAUUUUCUGUAGUGAAGCUCAGACAUGUUGAUCAAACGCACGCUGAGACGGAGCCCGAGCCUCAGCCGGAAAGUGCAGACCCCCCUGCUUCUACUCAUUCCUGCCACUCAGCAAUCCAUUUCAUGACAAGAGUCCUCCAGCGCCUCAGGGAAGUGGAUGAAUACGUCUCUGAGAAAAAAGCUCAGACACAACAGGCUAGAGAGUUUCACUCAAAGAGUAUAAAGGAAAAGGCUGUUCACCUCACUGGGUUGUUCUCAGCAGACAGCUCUGCUGCACUCAAGGGCGGUUCAUUCCGUAGGCCGUUCCCCCCGUCAGGUGACAAGUGUCACUCAUGCGAGAGGCGUGUUUAUAUGGUGGAGAGGGUCUGUACCGAGGGGCUCUACUUCCACAGGGAGUGUUUUCGCUGCUCUACCUGCAGCUCUGCCCUGCGACAGGGAGCGCACGCCUUCGACUCUGAACAGGGGAAGUUGUACUGCAAACUUCAUUUUGAUCAACGUAACAAUGGGACAGCCCUACGGAGGAAUUUUUCUCUACGCUCAAACCGUUAUGGAGCUGGACUUCAGGAGCAAUGUGCUGCCGACGGACAGAUCUCCGAGUCCAGCAGCACAGAAGACCUGCAGAGCCAAUCCUCAGCAGGUACCUUCAGCUCGUUCAUGAAGAAACACCUGAGCUGGCCCCUGAGUGUGACUCGUGCUGUGUGUAAUGCCCCGCGCUAUCUGUCCCACCGUGUGCGUAGCACAGCACAGGCCCUCGCCGGCCACCUGAGGGACAAUGCCCAGGACUAUGCAUACCUGUAUGAGCUACUGAGCAUGAGCUUGCCCCUGCUGCUUGUUUUACAAGAGGUACUGCUGCAGAUGCACACAGAGGCUGUGUCUGAUGGGCCCAGUUCUCUGCAGCCUGUACUGCUGUGGCUGCAGGAGCACAUAGGGCACAGGCUCAUCUAGAUACUCAGCAGACCCCAGUUUGUAAUAUUUAACCCCGUGGUGCACAUCAGCAGGACUAUUCUUGUCAUAAUAUCAUUUGUAGCCAUGCACACGCACCUUUGUAAUGUUUACUUGCCUGUUUUUGCAUCAGCCAAAGAAGAGACACUGUAGGUUGCUCAUGCAACUUACUGCAAUUUACUACAGGGGGGUCAAUGAAAGCUGCACCAAAUUUUUUUUUGCAGUGGGUUUGAUGUGGAAACAUUAUUUGUAGGGUUAGAAUAAGUUGAAUAGAUUUAAGAUAGUUAAAAUGCAGAUGAAACAGGCCAGUCGGUGCAUUAAAGACUUGAGACUGCUGAAAUAAUCAUUGCUGUAGAACUCAACCUUUUACAAACUGUCUUGGAAAAAAGAUCCUGCAGUUAAAGAUUCUUAACUCAGGUUAUGACUGACUCACUCAAUGCACUUUACCUUUGGGAACUGCCUUGUCGAAGCAGCAGUAAACUGUCACACUAUAAAAGCCUGCUCAUGUUAACGCUGACCGCCAGACAGGUUUUCUUUUGACGAUGCAUAUGUGCUCCUGCCAUAUGUUUUCUCUUAUAUAUAUAUAUAUUAAUAUGCAUGUAUGUGUGUUUUACGCACAUCGACAAGUUGCUCAUUAUCUUUUUAUACUCUGACUACUCAGUUUACUUUCAUGAACAGUUUUUAUUGAUAUGGAUAACACCAAAGAAUCUCUCUGCUCUGGUGAGUUUCCUUCUCAGUAUUUAGUUCUACUUUGCUGCCAUCUACUGUCGACUCUCAGAAGAACCAUGAAGGCAAAAUGAGAUGCCCCACCCCUUCUUUUUUUUAACCUCUCCCUUUAUAACAUUACACAUCAUUAUGUUUUAAAUAUUUGACUGAUGAUUUUCUGAUUUACUGUAGACAAUAGAAGCUGGUGAGCACGCUGUGAUGUGUUUGAAUGUGCUCGCCACUCUUGCCAUUGUUUCAAAGCAUGUUGUUGGAAGGUCGACUGGAAGCCUCGCAGUUGCUUCCUGUUCAGAUACACUAUCUAAUGAUGCUGAUGAAGCACUUUAGAGUUUCAGAGUGUUUUGUUUUUCUUUUUAAGAUAUAUUUUAACAAUGAGAUGUGCAAAGACUUCAGGCAUUAUUUUGUGUAUGUGUUUACAGCAUGAUGUGCUGGACAUGCAACAUGAUGUUUGUGUUUUGUUGUCAGCUACCUAAUGUUUCAUGUUGAAUUACUGAAUCUGCUGCAUGUAAUCUGAGCUGGUUUACAGUGUUUUAAGAUACCAAAGAAUUGUUCUCAUACACACUGACUGGACUUGUGUGACAUUAACUUCCUACAUCUGUGUGACAAGACGACAAUCAUGCAAACUGUAACACACGUGUAAAGGUGCCAACAUCGUCUUCAUUAUGAAUGUCAGUAUUGUGCUUUGUUUUCAUAAACAUUUUCUACGUUUGUGCUUACAGCUGUUAUUUGUGUCUGUAUGUUCUCUUUUCCUCCCGUUCAGCUGACGCCUUUUAUGAAGUGUGUGAGCCAGCUGGAUGGUUUUGAAGGUGAUCACCUGCAUGGUCACGUGGUCAUGUGUCACAGUGGUGAUGCUGCUGCAGAUACUGAUGAUAAAUAACUGACGCAAAAGUGUCUUAUGACUUAUAUAUGACUUAACAGCAUUGCUAAAGUGACACAAAAUGUUUGAAGUGACACUUUGAGUUUCGACUAAACUAAACUCAUGACUAAUGAACGGCUUCCGUGUUUGUCAUUGAUCCUCCAGCUGUUUGGGGAAUGAACUGGUACUAACUAAGCCUGGUUCAAGAGCCCUACCGCUCCUGUUUUGUUAGUAAUUUAAGGAAUGAAAUUGCAGUUCUGCCUGAUUGUUGUGAUAGCACCAACUAGCAGAUGGAGGAAACCAAGGAACCAUCAAAGCAGGUUUUAUUGCAACUUUUUUGCACUUUCACACAAGUUUUCUUCUCAGAACAUCAACUUUUUGAAUCAAAAUCAAAAGAAAUAUCAGUUGACUGAUGAGUUGGAUGUAUUAACCAACCAAUAAACACCCUCCAUGACGUUCCAUUUAGUCUGUUUGGCAGCUUUUGAUUGGAUCACAAAACCCUCCCCAGCAGAUGGAGUUGCCCACUUACCUUCUCUGAGAACUUUUCUAUAUGCACUUACAGGAACUACUGUUUUCAAGGUCAAAAAUAAAGUUUUAAGCUUAAAUUCAAAGCCAGCGUGAAUGGAAAGUCUUUAAAGUGCUCAGAAAAAUGGAAAUAUCUGCAAUUCAGCUCUUGUGGUGAGAUCGUUUAGACAGAUACUGUUUGUAACAUCGAGAUUUAGCUGUCAAAUUCAACAUCUUGACAAUAUUUUGUUGAAUUAAAGGGAAUCGCCACCUAAAUUGAAAAUGCCAGUGUGUUAUUUCCACAGCCUAGGAAAGUUCAAUCAGUAUUUUUUUUGAACAUGAGCUACUCUCCUUCAAAGCCAGAGACCAGAGAAGUAGGUUUUAAACUUGCAAGGUUCUCAGGUAUAGAGUCUGGAGCUGCCCCAUACACAGUGAAUGGGAGUCUGAUUUUGUGGACCCACUGAAUGUUUCUUUUCAACUCAAUUCAAUUGUAUUUAUAAAGCCCAAUAUCAAAAAAUCACAAUAUUCCUCCAAGGGCUUUACAGCAUACGACAUCCCUCUAUCCUUAGGACCCUCGCAGCGGAUAAGGAAAAACUCCCCCAAAAAAGCCCUUUAAUGGGGAAAAAUGGUAGAAACCUCAGAAAGAGCAACUGAGGAGGGAUCCCUCUUCCAGGACGGACAGACGUGCAGUCGAUGUCGUGUACAGAACAGAGCAACAUAAUAAAUUAACAGUAAUCCGUAUGACACAAUGAUACAUGAAGAGAGAGAGAGACAGCGGGAGAUGAUAGUAUAUGUGUAUAUACGUGACAAUAAUCAUAUGUAUGUGAUGAUAGUAAGAGUAUGACUAAUAAUUACAGCAGCAGUAGGAGGCAUCAGGCAGGACCAUGACACACGAUCCAGGCGUAGCUGCAAUACGAGGUAACAUGCAAGACAGUGGUGCACAAAGGAUCUGGAGAAGAAGCCAAGUUAGUGACAUGCAGUAAUAGGACGUGAAUGUUAGCAAGUGAAGAAGAACCAACUUCUCGGAAACUGGAGAGAGAGAGAGAGAGAGAGAGAGAGAGAGAGAGAGAGAGAGAGAGAGAAGAAGAGAAGGGGCUCGGUGUAUCAUUUCUUUUUUAUACCCCAAUGAGCUUUAUUCUAUUGCAGCAUUCUCCUUCUGAAACAGAAAAUGUACCCAGCUCCACACUUUAUCACAGAUUUGACUUUUAACACUCUGGUUCUUGGAUUUGGGAGAGAGUUGUUCAUGUUUACUGAUACUUUUGGACUGUCUUAGACCAAAAGAGUAACAUGUAUGAAUAUUUGAAAAGGGCUGUAGUUCACCUUUAAAUGUUGAAUGACUCAUUGAUGCAUUUUAAAAGAGAACUCCACUGAUUUUGCAUCAAAGUCUGUUUACAGGUCUUAAGGUGAACUAGAAUAGCUGUAUAAAGCCUCGAGGCUACAUUCACACUGCAAUAUAAGAUUCCAGUGUGAACCAGUCCUGAACUGACCUGCGUGUUAAAAGAACAAUAACAAAGAUGUCACACUGUCAUAAGGAAGUAAACAUGCAGUCGUUCAGUCACCGUUUAUGGUUUCAUGUAUAAGUUGCUGAGCAGUGGAAGCCAGCGAAUUUGUGAGCAGAUGAUUGGCAGAGCGAGGAUGAGGAGAAAGGGAGACACAUUUUUAAUGAUGUUUUUUUUGUGAAGCAAUGGCUGUUACUUCUGUACAGAGGUGUGUGUAGAUGCCUCUCCACAAGACUCGCAACAAGACACUCAGAAGAGGCGAGUGACAUAAAAGUGACUGUUCAGACUGAGGUCGCACUGCAAAAAAUCAGACUUGCAUCUGAUUUAGGACCACAUAUGAAAGUGGCCCAAAAGAUCAGAUUUGUACUUUUACAUUUGUCUGCAGACUGAACAUUUCCUUAUGGUUCAUUUAAGUACCUGAUACGACGCCAGUUCAAAAAUCCCAAACUAACCCUUUAACGUCUCCAUACAGAGGUUCAACAUGGCACCAUUUAGAGAAACCUUCUCUUUCAGUGUGUGCAUUGUCCUCUAUAACAUUAUAUUUUCCCAACACAACAGGCCUGAUGAAUACCUGGUUUCUAAAACACAUUAGUGGCAUUUCUCUUCCUCCUCUUAAGAAACUUAAAGUGGAAAAGUGUCUACAUGUUGUUAGACACCGUUCAGGGAUGCACUUAGAGGACUGAACUUCCACUGACUUAAGAAAUUUGCUAUGAUACACAAUUCUACCUUUAAAAAAAUAAGUCCUUGACUCCACAUCAGUUUAUGUUCUGUUGAAACUUGUGUUCUCCGUUUGCUUUGAGAGUAAAUCUUGAAGGUUAAUUUCACUUCUGAAAAGACGAUGUCCACCAUUUAACAUUCCACCGCGACCUCUGCUCCUGCUGCUGUUAUUACAAAUAAUAAUGAUAAUAAGAGCGGAGAUAUGUAAACACAAAAUCCAUCACAGUGAAUGAGCGUGUGCCAGUGAGCUGUGUUUAAUACGCUGAGGUUAUUACGUUCAUUUCAUCAAUGCUGUCUGAGUCGAAGGUGAGGACACAAGGGUGGAUAUUUUGAGUCAUUUUGGCCUGUGAUGUUUAGCAGAGAACAAAUUUUAAACCACAUUUGCUGCUUAUGCACCAAAAAGCUCCUCUCCUUCACAGUCUACACACACUGACACGUAGAUUUACUAAUGAAUUAUCUCCUCUACACUGUGUAGCUCUUGUAUUUGCUAUACAUUUACAAAUAAACCGAUGUAUCUGUGUUCUUCCUCUGAUGCUCUUCUUGUCCCACUUUCCUCAAAUCUAACUCUUCAGGCAGGUUUUCAGCCUCUAAAAGCUCGUGUUAUGAGCACAGAAUGUGACAGAGGCAAAUGUUCCUCACAUUUAAUCUCAUUAAAUAUGUGUCCAUCACAAUGUAACAGUGAAUUUAAGAAGUUGUAAGCAAAUGUUUAGCCCAACACAUUAUUACACAGCAAAGGAGAUGAGUUCCAUUAAAAGAUAUUUGGUUAUAUAUUCAAUUACAUCCAAAGGCUAAUAUAGUUUCGGGCGUCACCUGCUGUCCCUCUUUGUUUUCGAAUGUUUAAUGAAUUCACACACUUUUAGUGAUUCACAUUACACCCCAAAGAUCUUUAACAACUAAGAAACACAUACUGUAAAAAUGAUCUGAAUACAUUUUCAAAAUUAAUAUCUCAGUUAAUUAGUUCAACUUUGAAACUAUAAUGGCAGUGGAGAGUGUGCACGUCUACAGUGAUGCACAAAUUUCCAAUGUUUGUUUCCUGUUGUUCUUCAUUUAGAAGCUGCAGCUCAAGUGAAGUGUCACUUCACCCACAGAUGACUGAGUAUUAAAGAUGAACUCUUCAUGACGUUGUUGUAUAAAAUUGUUUAUAAUUCAUGCUGACCUCUG